AAAUCAAGAUGGCGACCACCGUGAGACAGCGAAGUCUGCACAGUAACGUGAGAUCAGAUUUGCAAGUUCCGAGUGAACCUGUGGUUUACAAUGAACUGGCAAUCCGAUCUAACAUGUCCAUAUUGUCCUACUGUCGUACAUUUGUGUCCGCUCUGUCUGGAUCUUCAGCAGGAAUUCUUGGACUCACAGGAUUGGAAGGUUUUUUCUUCUAUUUCAUUGUUUCAUUUGCAUUUUCAGCGAUGCUCUUCAUAAAAGCCGGCAGGAACUGGCAAGAAUUCUUCCGAUUUAGACAGCCACUCAUCACCAGUGGACUUCUAGGCGGACUCUUUACAUAUGUACUAUUCUGGACGUUUCUUUACGGGAUGGUUCACGUAUACUGAUGAAUGAUGGCAGGGAAUAUUUGACCAAGGGGUGUUAUUGUUGCGGACGGACAAUGGAUAUACAAGAAGUUUUGUUAUCCAACUCAAAAACAAUUCUUGAAGUACAAAGUGACCGAGAACUGAGGACAAUAUGGAGAGCCAUAUUGUGCACUGAUCUCCAGUGAAGUCGCACUACCUUCUAUAUAAAGGCUCCUGAUGAUUUGGCACAAUAAUUGGAAUGGAUUCUACACGUUAAUGGAGGCACACGAUUGUCACUUGGAUUGGUCUACAAUUAUAGGGUCCUUUUCCUUAGCUAUGUCCAGUGGCAUUAUUAGAAUCAUGUUAAUGUAGCAUUUGAAAUCAAAAAUUUUGAGAUUGAAAAUUACCAGAGUUAAAUGUAACUUGAUAAAGCUUUGUAUGAAAAUUUCACUGGUUUUAAUACUGUUUUCCAUUUACACACAAAAAAUGUAUUUGUUUUUACACUAAUGUCUUAUAAAAACAGUAAAUGGCAUAGCAAGGGCGCUGAAAAUUGACCUGACUAAGAGAAUGCAAACAGAAACUUAAGUUUAAAUUGGCCAGAAGUGCCCCUUAGAAAAACUGGUGCACCCCUUUGUUCCCCCCCCCCCUUAAAAUGUUACCCCAGGUGCUGGCUAUGUGAGCACCAGUGAACACUGAGAUCUGAGAUGAUAGUUUUUAUGUUUCCUAAGGAUGAGAAAUCUCAGACAGUUAUGUUUAACUGGGAUGAGAAAUCUCAGACUUUUAAAAGUCUGCCUGGUAGACAAAAACACUCAGUAUUUUUCUCCAAAUAAAUAGAAGUUGCACUCUUUAAGCUACCUCACCAGUGCUGAGGGUACUGUUCCCACAAGGCUCCUUGAAGUCUGUAACUUCAGGGGUUAUCAAAUGGCGGACAUGCAGUCACAUCUCAAGUUUCUCAGAGCUGCUUAAAAGCAGAAAGGUGCUUCAACAAUUGUCUGCUAAGCAGAAAUUAGCAGGAUACCAGUCACAGAU